GCCUGGCGGACCGGUUCGAUUUCACAAUUCAUAACCCAGCACACACGUUGUCAAGUCUUGCACGAUCAGAGCUCCGCCUUGUUCGAUAGGGAGCUUCACGGAAUGAAUGCCUAGAUGGUGAAACAAAUCCAAUGCUCUCACGUGCACGAAAGGUGAAGCCAACGACAGGGAUUGUUUCACUCCGCAGAGUGGCCAUCUGGAGAGCAGGAGCGUGCUCUGCAUCGAUAUUAAUAGGACCCUCGGCCUCGCUGAUGCGUUCGCACUCGGCAGCUCCCUCUACUUGUCUUCGCACUCACCUUAUCGAUCAAAGCAACGGUCAAGAUCACGGUAUCGUAUGUAGACGUUUCAAGGUUCUCUUGAGCCGAACAUCGCCGUGCCACCGUCGAGCGGCGCACAAAGCAUAUCUUCAGAUGAGGAACAGUCAGAUAUAACACCCAUCCACCAUUGUAAAUUGUCCCUCCAGUCGAAUCAACGUCUACGGCGCAGAAAG